AUGGCCGCUGCCGGCGCUUUAACAGACUUUGUCCAGCGGUAUCAGGCCGUUCAAGCGUAUGAAAACACAAGAGACAAAUUGCUUCAGGAUCUACUACUUUACUGCCAAGGCAUCGAAGAGAGUCUACACCAAGAGAACCAGCAGCUCAAGAUCCGAUUGCACGAAGCCGAGCUCGACCUACACGCCGCGACAAAGUCCCGACGAGAUCUACAACACAGCCUAUCACAAGCCGAGACCCAAAUAAAAUGGGUGACGGAUCAGAACGAAGAGCUCAAGAAUGAUGCUCCUUACCUUUUGCUGUUGAUCGACGGAGAUGGUCUUAUUUUCCAAGAUGAAUACGUCCAACAAGGCCUCGAGGGCGGAAAGAGGGCAGCAUACGCUAUACGCUCUGCUGUGGCAGACCUGUGCAACCAGAGCCAGGAACGAUUCAAUGGGAUAGAGAUUGUUUGCCGCGUCGUAGCCAAUGUUGGCGGCCUGAGCAAGGCCCUUUGUCGCGAUGGCAGCAUCGACGACCCCAGCAUGUUUAAGGAGUUUACACUGGGCUUUACCCAGGCCAAAGCGUCGUUUGAUUUUAUCGAUGUUGGUUAUGGCAAGGAGAGAGCCGACUCAAAGAUCCGAGGAAUUGGACAUGAUGCUGGAUAUGCGCCUUUCCUUGACGAAGUACUCCAGGAUGACACAGCACGAAACCUCGUUUCUCUGCUCAAAUCGACACCCUUGGUCCGCGAACUAGAGUCUCUUAAGAUGAACGUGAUCUCGUUCGACCAAAUUUUCCGCACAACGAAGCUUACCGACAAGACGCCCAUCGAGAAGCCUGUCGUGCCUCAGCCCAAUGGAACCGCGCACCAAGUCUCGCCAACAGUCGUUCUUCCUACUCAAGCGGUGUUGACGCCUGCAACGAGCACUGCGUCCAUGUCGCCUCCGGCUGCUAGCUAUGCCAAGAUCACCAAGUGUGCUAGUCCACCUCCACAGCUCACAAUGCCUCUGCCGCCCAAGCAGAGCGCCAACAGCAAUCGAAAUAAGACCCCGCCUCAGCCAUCCUGGAAUCCUGGUCCUCGAGGACUUGAUCAACCCAUCACAGUGGGUCAGCAGGCUAUGGAAAGCAUCAAGCGACGGGCGGGCAAUGAUAAACUGUGCAACAACCACUUCCUCCGCGGACCAUGCACCAGGAUUGACGUCUGUCCCUUUGUCCAUACCUACAAGCCCACUCAGGAGGAGCUCCGCGCUCUUGCAAUGUUGUCACGACAGAACCCCUGCACGCGCGGCCAAGAUUGCGAUGUCGAAGAUUGCAUCUAUGGCCAUCAUUGUCCCAAUGUCAGCAACGGGAUGUGCACGCGACAAUAUUGCAGGUUCAAGGUGGAGAGCCAUCCGCCUGGCACCAAGUUUACCAACAAGAACAUCCACGAUAACUAA